AUGGAUGUGGUAAACUCCACCGCCCUUGCGGCCGCGUCCGCGGCUGCGACGGCGGUGACAACGGCCGUUGGGGCCGGCGAUAGACAUCCCAACCCGCUCUCAUCAGCCGUUGCAGUAGCGAGCGAUGUUGCUAAUGCCCAUAGCUCGUCGUCGUGGCUCGGGAUGUUUGCCAGGCUGGUGCUGUGGAUUCUGCAGUUCGUCUCGAUGGUUCUGUACUAUUCUAUCAAGCUGGCCACCAUCUCGGUGCCGACCUUGUUGUACACGCUUUUCUCGACCAGCUUGACGGUGACGAUGAAUGCUACUACUUUGAUGCUCAUUGUGGCCGCCAUGAUUGGGGUGAUCAGUUGGGUGGUGAGAUACCGCUAUCUCAACAUGUACUCGCGGCUGCCGCCUGAGCCUCAACGCAAGGAGCCGGACGUCGAUCUCUUCCCGGAUACGCACGAUGAAGGCAUCAAGUCCGGGUUGUCCAACUACUUUGACGAGUUUCUCAGCGCCAUCAAGAUUUUUGGUUAUCUGGAACGGCCAGUCUUCCACGAACUGACCCGCAGCAUGCAGACAAGGAAGCUGAUCGCCGGCGAGACGUUCAACCUGGAGGAGGAGAAGGGGUUCUGUCUUGUUGUUGAUGGGCUAGUGGAGAUCUUUGUCAAAUCGUCCAACUACAACCGCCGCUACGCUCACACGCACAGCCCUUAUGCCGACCCGACCAGUGAAACCCUGUCGAGCGAUGAUGAACACCCCACCCCUGGCCAGCAACGGUACCAGCUGUUAACCGAAGUCCGGAACGGCGCGCCCAUGUCGUCGUUGUUUUCCAUCAUGUCGCUCUUCACGGAAGACGUUCCGCUGCGCCAUGCAGAGGAAGACAGCUCCGAGCCGGGCACGGUUGUUGAUCCGGGCAUGUUCCCCCAUUAUCCGGCGAGUGCCGACUUUCGCAAGUCCCACGUCCGGCUGAACUCGACCCCAAACACACCCCAGCCGGGCGGGUCAGCCAGAACGUCUGCGGAGAACCUGUCGGACCAGCUUGGCCGGGAUCUGCCCCGUGUUCCUCCUAUUUCUCUUGAUGGGCACGAUUAUUCGAAGCCUCAACGGCCUGCACCCAAACGAAGCAGCACGACGUCCGCCCAUCCAGAUAUCAUCGCCAGAGCCACGGUGGACACGACGAUCGCCAUCAUCCCGGCUAGUGCAUUCCGACGGCUGAUCAAGGUCUACCCCAAGGCCACGGCACAUAUUGUUCACGUUAUUCUGUCCCGAUUCCAGCGGGUCACGCUCGCCACAGCAUACAGCUACCUCGGCCUCACGGGCGAAGUACUGCACAUCGAACGACAGAUGCUCAAGUACACGACGCAACAGCUCCCCAACCACCUCCGGGGAGACGCGCUCGACAGACUCAAGGAGAAGUUUAAGCGGGAGAGGGAGAGGAUCGGGGAGGAGGACGUCAGCAAGGGGAUCGCGUUGCACAAUGCGCACGCCGGACGACGACGACGGUCUACCGCGACGCUCCGGAAGGAGGCUGCACUGCAGUCCAUUUCCAAGCAGCGCCAUCUGUCCAUGACCAGCCCAUCCCUAGGCGUCCCUAGCGCUGGGGACCUAGUAACACAUCUACAACAAUCCAGAGGGCCCGGUGGCACCGGCAACGGGGGUAGCAGCAUCCCCAGCAACAACCGGGCGCAGACGGUAGCAUUCACAGACGGGCCGUCGCCCCACCUUGACGUGCAGCAGGAUGCCAGCUCCCCGCUAGCGCAGCGCUCGUUCAACCCCUUCGCGACGCCGAUGAACGCGCAUAUCGCUCUGGACAAGCGGGACACGCUGGACGAGGACAACCUGUUCCGGGAGUCGAUAUUGGCGUGCAUGUUCCGGGCCGUGGGACUGACGAGUAACGGAAUUGGCGGCUCGAAUCGGGAUUCCGACUCCAACCAGGCGUCGCCGCGGCUUAUCUCGCUCGAACAGCGACGGCAGAAAGCGCUGUAUACCACCGGCCACAAUAUCCCCACCCACGCCUUUGGAUUCAUGGAUGCGCUGGACGGAUCGGCAGAUGGCGACACCGAGUCGCUCACGUCUGCGGGGUUAUCGGUACCGCCGUCGCCGAACCCGCAUCUGCUGGCGCAGGACAUGCGGGACGACAUGGAAAUAGUGUUUUUCCCCAAGGGAUCUGUCCUGGUUGAGCAAGGCGAGCGGAACCCAGGGCUGUAUUAUGUCAUUGAUGGGUUCUUGGACAUUUGCACGCAAGAAGAGGCAUCGUCGGAUAACAUGGUGCGGGCCACGGGCAGCGGGAGGACGUCGUUGCAUGCUAUGGACAAUGCGGAGUCGCUGUGUUCGCCGUUUCGGUCAGCCAAGGGGAGUAACGACGGCCCUGCUGCUACUUCUAAAGACGACAAGACAUCCAAGGCGAAUCGACGGCGGAGCGUGGCGCUCAUCAAACCGGGCGGGUUGGCUGGUUAUGUCGGGACUAUCUCGUCGUAUCGCUCAUUCAUCGAGGUCGUGGCCAAGACGGAUGUGUACGUUGGGUUUCUGCCACUGUCGUCGAUCGAACGCAUCGUGGACCGGUACCCGAUUGUACUCCUAACCAUGGCCAAGCGACUGACCAACCUGCUCCCGAGGCUGAUCUUACACAUCGACUUCGCGCUCGAGUGGCUGCAGGUCAACGCAGGCCAAGUGAUCUUCCACGAAGGGGACGAAAGCGAAGCCAUCUACAUCGUUCUCAACGGCCGACUGCGGCUGGUAGAAGACCGUAAGGACGGCGGGGGGAUGAACGUGAAGGCUGAGUUUGGCCAGGGCGAGAGCAUUGGCGAGUUAGAAGUGCUCACGGAGACAUCGCGGUCGGGCACGUUGCACGCGAUUCGCGAGACGGAACUCGUCAAGUUUCCACGCACGCUGUUCAACAGCCUGGCCCAAGAGCACCCGAAUAUCACAAUCAAGAUCUCCAAGAUCAUUGCGUCGCGCAUGCGGGCGCUAAUCGAUGACCCGUCGGCGGUGCUCGGCGGCUCGGGCUCCAGCUUAAGCGCAACCUCGGGCACGGGGCGGAGCUCGAUCAACAAGAGCGCAACCACACUCAACCUGCGCACGGUAGCGGUGUUGCCUGUGUCGGCGGGCGUGCCGGUGGUUGAGUUUGGGAAUCGGUUGCUGAACGCGUUGACGGAAGUGGGUGCGCCCAACGGGGCGACGUCGCUUAAUAGCUCGGCUGUGUUGAAUCACCUCGGCCGGCACGCGUUCAGCCGCAUGGGCAAGCUUAAGCUGUCGCAGUAUUUGGCGGAUCUGGAGGAGAAGUAUGGGUUGGUGAUUUACGUUGCGGUUACAGACACCAACGUCAACGCACCGUGGACGCAGACCUGCAUCGCGCAGGCGGACUGCGUGCUACUAGUCGGUCUAGCAGACGGAUCCCCUGAGAUGGGCGAGUACGAGCGCUUCAUGCUGGGCACCAAGUCGACGGCGCGCAAGAUCCUCGUCAUGGUGCAUCAAGAGCGAUACUCGGCUCCCGGCCUCACGCGCAAGUGGCUCAAGAACCGCGUUUGGAUCAACGGCGGACACUUCCACGUGCAGAUGACUUACAGCCCCAACGCCGUGCCCAUCCACCGCCCAGCCAAACCAGGCGGACCAACGCUACGCGAGCGUGUGCAGAUCCUGCAGGCCGAGAUCCAAAAGUACACUUCCCGAAAAGUCCGCCACAACAGCCCGUUCUACUCCCCCGACGCACCUUUCAAGGGCGACUUCCACCGCCUAGCUCGGCGUCUCUGCGGCAAGUCUGUCGGGUUGGUGCUUGGUGGUGGCGGCGCGCGGGGUCUUGCGCAGAUUGGUAUUAUUAGAGCAAUGCAGGAGGCCGGGAUCCCGAUCGACAUCGUCGGCGGCACCUCUAUCGGUGCCUUCGUCGGCGCGCUCUACGCCCGCCACGCCGACUUUGUCCCCAUCGUCAACUCCGCCAAGAAAUUCUCCGGCCGCAUGGCUAGCAUGUGGCGCUUCGCCCUCGACCUAACCUACCCCUCGGCCUCCUACACAACAGGCCACGAAUUCAACCGCGGCAUCUUCAAAGCCUUCGGCAACACCCAAAUCGAAGACUUCUGGCUCGAAUACUACUGCAACACGACCAACAUCUCACAAUCCCGGGCCGAGUUCCACACCAGCGGCUACGCCUGGCGAUACGUACGCGCCUCCAUGUCCCUGGCCGGCUUACUCCCCCCACUCUGCGACGAAGGCAGCAUGCUCCUUGACGGCGGCUACGUCGACAACCUCACAGUCUCCCACAUGAAAUCCCUCGGCUCCGACCUCAUCUUCGCCAUCGACGUCGGCGCGCUCGACGACAACACCCCGCAAUCUUUUGGCGAUUCCCUCUCCGGCAUGUGGGCUUUUUUCAACCGGUGGAACCCUUUCUCCUCGGUCCCCAACCCGCCCACGCUGGCGGAGAUCCAAGCCAGGUUGGCGUAUGUCAGCAGCGUGGAUGCGCUGGAACGCGCCAAGAGUAUGCCGGGGUGUGUGUAUAUGCGUCCGCCGAUUGAUGAGUAUGGGACGUUGGACUUUGGGAAGUUUAUGGAGAUUUACGGGGUGGGGUAUAAGUAUGGGCAGGAGUUUUUGGCGCAGUUGAGGGAGAGGGGGGUGUUGCCUGUGGGGGAGGAGAUGGCGGGGAAGAAGGCGCUGAGGAGGACGAUGGCGCCCAGAAGGGCGAGUAUUUAG